GUGGGAAGAUGAUACUGAGAUGGGUUUGGUCUGAGGGCCAACAAAGACCUGGUUUCCUUCUACCUUGUAAAUAAAAAUAUGAGAGGUGUAAAGAAAGCAGGAUCUCCCAGUGGCCACACAUUUUAAUUCCACGUCCCAUUCCCAUUCUGAUAUGUCUGUCCAUGGCCUCCUCUACUGUCAAGAUGAAGCCACACUCAGGUUGGAGGAACAACAUCUCAUAUUCCAUCUGGGUAGCCUCCAACCUGAUGGCAUGAACAUUGACUUCUCUAACUUCCGUUAAUACCCCUCCUCCCCUUUCUAGCCCAUCCCUGAUUUGUUUAUUUUUCCUCUCCCCUUUUUGUUCUUUCUCUGCCCAUCACUCUGCCUGUUCUCCAUCUCCCUCUGGAGCUCCCACCCCCUCCUUUCUUUCUCCCGAGGUCUCCCUUCCCAUGAUCUUUUCCCUUCUCCAGCUCUGUAUCACUUUCGCCAAUCACCUUUCCAACUCUUCCAAUUCAUCCCACCCCCUCCGGUCUUCUCCUAUCUUUUCGCAUUUCCCCCUCCUCCUCCUACUUGAAAAUCUCUUACUAUCUCUUCUUUCAGUUAGUCCUGGCGCAGGGUCUCGGCCUGAAACGUCGCCAACGCUUCUCACUAUAGAUGCUGCAUGGCCUGCUGUGUUCCACCAGCAUUUUGUGUGUGUUGUGAGAGGUGAAAAGAGCUGUAAUAAACUUUCGGCCCCAUGUUGUUCCUAUACAAUUAUUGGUAGCCUUUUACAGAGACUGCACAUGCUGAAUCUUUUAAUGCAAUUUUUGAUUUCUUUAUUGAAAAUCAUAUAAACCCUGCUCUUUAUAACUUAGAAAUCACGUUAUUUGCAAUUGCCGCACACAAGAACAGUGUAUAUUGCAUUAACGACAAGCAGCCGUUCUAGUCGCUUAGCGUAAUAUCGACGAGCAUUUGUUUUAGACCCACCAGUCAUAUUCCAGGAAUUAUAAUUGCGCGGUCACUCUUGUAAUAAAUAGCUUGUAAUACCGAUGAAGUCUUUGGGAUCAUUUCCCCAAAGGUGAUGUUUUUAAAGUAAUCCAGAGGAACACUGGGAAAUCCCUCCAAUCAUUUCCUUCUUCCUGAGUCAUUUUGCAAUGAUUCAUCCCUUACGUAAUUGCAGCACUAUAAAUGAUGCGAUUAUCAGGUUCUUCAAUAGUUGAGCUAAUCCCAAGCAAACAUGAUGUUCAAGUACAUCAUCUCUAUUGCACUCGGAGGAAUUAUUUCAAGAGCAGAUGCUGUUCUGUUAGAAGCCAAACCUACUUACCAAAUAAGAAAUGGUGAUGGUCAGGUGACAUGUGAGAAGUGCCCACCGGGGACGUUUGUAGAAAAGCACUGUAACAGUUCACAUCCAACAAUAUGUGGGUCCUGCCCAGAGUUGCAUUAUACUCAGUACUGGAAUUAUCUUCGGAAAUGUCGUUACUGUAAUGUUUUCUGUGUGGAGCAUCAGUACGAAAAGCAGCAAUGUAACUCCACACAUAACAGAGUGUGCGAAUGCAAACCUGGUUAUUACUUAGAGUUUGAAUUCUGCCUGGAACACAAAGAGUGCCCCGCUGGUUCUGGUGUGACUAAAGCAGGAACGGCUUUCCAAGACACAAUCUGUGAACAAUGUUCUGAUGGCUUUUUCUCUUCAACACCCUCUAGUUCAGAACCUUGUAAAGCUCACACAAAUUGUGAUGAAGGUUUAGUGGUUAAUGUCCCAGGUAACCGAUAUCACAACACUUUGUGUACUCCCUGCAAGAAAUAUAUUGGAUCUUCUAUCAAUAAAACAGAGUGCAAUGAAGCACUUAUUCAGUUUGUGGCCUAUCAGAGGAUCCCAGUAAAGAGGCUUGCUAGAUUUCUUAAUUUACUUCAGAUUCAAAAUGCUCGGAAAAUACGUAAGCAAGAAAAACUGGAGGACAAGAACAUGAUGUUUGUAACAUUACACCCCCUGUUAAUGAAAUGGAAAGAAGAUGUCAAUGAAGAGCGUGUAUUUGAAAAAAUGGUCUCAGUACUUGAAAAGGCAAAGAUGAAAAAUAUUUCAAAAAAUGUGAAGGAACGUUUCAGUGGAUGUAAAUGCUUUUGGACAAUAAUCAUCGAGACAGGUUACUACAUUCUUAUUAGGCGCUGGUCUAAUUGAAGCCUGCUUAAAGCAGCUGGGUACUCAGAUUACCAAUAUGAGAGGUUGGAUUUAUCAGUGAACACUCUAGCAAGUUGAUCAACACAACUCUUUAGCACUCCAUGAGGAACCCUGUCUGGACCAAGUGCUCUCUGUGGGUUCUCAGCCCUGAAGGAUGCUCUCACAUCGGUCUCAUGGACUGAAAGCUCUGGAUCAUCAGGGGCUGUGGGAGUUUGUGAAAGUGCCUCCACGUUUUGACAGUCAAAGUGAGUAUAAUAAGCCCUGAGCUCACCUGGGAGAAAAACUUUGUUGUCACCUAUGUCACUUCUUUUCACGUUAUAAGAGUUAAAAACAUUCAUACCCUGCCACAGCUGUGGAACAUCCUUCAGUGAUUCACAUUUGAUCCAGAAUGACACUUUGCACUUGAAAUGACUUUCUGGAGAUCGUAGCUGGACCUCUUGCAUUUUACUUGGUUGUCAAACCUGAAUGCUAUGAUCUGGCCCUCAAGAGAUUGCGAAUCUCAUGGUUCAUCCAGGCCUUCUGCUUGGAAAUACCCUGUAUGAUUUUGUGGGGACAUACUUGUCUAUGACUGUGGCAACAAUGGUGUAUUCAUUCAGAUCCUCCGCUGAGUCCUUGAACACAGCCCAGUCCACUGAUUCAAAGGAAUCCCGUAGCCGCUCCUCUGCCUCCCAUAACCGCCCCUUUGUUGUCCUUAUCUCUGGAGCCUUGCUCUUUAGCCUCUACCUGUAUGCAGGUAGAAGAAGGACAGCCAAGUGAUCCACUUUCCCAGAACAGUAGGGGUUCCUAAUUGUAGUUCAGUAUUGGUUGA